UGAAGAUGAAAUGAUGUGUAUGUGAAAAUUUUUUGUAAAUGCUCCGUGAUAGGCCUAUGUUGUUAUUAUCGAACUCCUAGGAAUUUCAAACCAGCUCAGUGUGAAGAAUCAUGAAAACUAGGCUACCACUAGUCCUCAACUUCCUGUCUGUUAAGGCGCAGAGUAUCUCCACCCAAUGAAAAGCCAAGAAAUGAAGGGAAAGGGACGGGUGGAGAACGCCGGCCGGAAUAGGAAGGGAGAAGGGAGGUUUUGCUGAGGUUAACAUUGACCUCGCAGGGCCACCGUAGGGCAGACCCUCGCAGCUAUUACGCUAUAUUCGGGGCGGGGCCGACAGGAAAUUUAAACCCGAGCCGCGGCCCAGGGCGCCUGGAGACUGGUCGUGUACUUGCGGAGAGGCCACGGCCACUCGGUCGUUUGAAAAAGCUCAUGGAGCCCGCGAAUACACUACGGAGACCUUGAGGAGGGAGCCAGGAAAGGGUACGGAUGCCGGGAAGGGGAAGAUGGGGUGACGGCAAAUUCUCAGAGCUGCAGAGUUCUAUGGCUGAGAGUAGGCUCCGGGCUCCUAUCGUAGGGGCUCAACUGGAAGUUUCCAGUUGUCUGGAAAAAUGCCGGAUGAGCUCUGCAGAUGCUGGGAGGCAGCCCUUCUCUGGAAAGUCCUUUUAUCUGGAUCUGCCUGCUGGCAAGAGUCUCCAGUUUUUGACGGGGGCCAUCCAGCAGCUGGGUGGAGUAAUUGAGGGUUUUCUGAGCAAAGAAGUAAGUUACAUCGUGUCCAGCCGCAGGGAAGUGAAGGCAGAGAGCAGUGCGACAGACCACAGAGGCUGCCCCAGUCCCAGCGAGGUCAGGGUGCAGACACCGUCCACGGCCCAUCCGAAGUGCGGCCACCCCCGGCCUCCACAGAAACCCACAGACUCGGUGCCUUUGAGCAGAGGGAAGGAGCUACUGCAGAAAGCCAUCAGAAACCAGGGGAGCAACAGUGGAGGAGGUGGCAGGAGCAGCAGCAGUCUCCUGACCAGUGCCCGCUCCUGGGGAGUGAGGAUCCUGCAUGUGGACGAAAUGAUGAUGCACGUGCAACAGCUGUCUCUUGACGCCUUGCGUGUGAAGAAACAGGGGCCAAAGAAGAAGCCAGAGGGAACGCGUCCAGCAGAGUCAAGAACGCGGAAAGUGGCCAGACUGAAGGCACCAUUCCUCAAAAUUGAAGAUGAGAGCAGGAAGUUUCGUCCUUUCCACCAUCAGUUUAAAUCCUUUCCUGAAAUUUCUUUUCUGGGACCCAAAGAUGCAAGCCCUUUUGAAGCCCCGAUGACCCUGGGCAGCUCGCAUCAUACCAGAGAACCCAAGGACCGAGAGCCAAGCCGGCGAUUGGCCACCCGCACCCCACCCAGGAGAAGGAAGGGCUUCUGUGAGUGCUGUCAAGAGGCCUUUGAAGAGCUCCACGCGCAUCUCCAGAGCGCCCAGCACCGGGGCUUUGCCCUAGAAGCCCACCCGUAUGCAGAAGUCGAUCGGGUCAUUGCCCAGCUCGGCCACAGCUUUGCUGACACCCUCUCGCAGGCCAGCCUCCCCAGGCAGCCAGGCUCCCCGUGUUCAGAUCGUGACCUGCUGUGUCCUGAGACUCCGCCUCCUAGCCAGCCCUGCCAUCCCAGGGCAGCAUCUCCCAGGAUGAAAGAGGAAGACGAGCAUCAGGCCCCAGGCACUCCAGAGCAGGAUGGGACGGUGGGCAGCAUGAAGGCAACCGAUGAACCUGUGGGGGCUGGUGAGAUGCUGGGACCAGUAGCAAGCUGCCAGGAGCUGGGAGGGUCAGUUGAUGUCAUUGCAGACCCCCCAGAGACACCAGUGUCCAGGAGCCCUGCACACCAGAGCCUCUUGACAAGCUCUGGUUCUACAGAACUCUCUGGCUCGGAUGUCGCACUUUUUGGCCACAAGCGGAAGAUACGGCUCCCCGGUGGCAAUCCUGAAAAGAGGUCAGGGGUCUCCCGGCCACAGGCCUCAUUCUUUGUUCCAAGAGCCACCAGCCCUUGUGGCGCCAGGACAGCCAGUGGCGGGCACCCCCUCUUCCUUCCCCCUCCUGAUUGUGAGCACAGGCCUCUGGCCCCUCUCCUCCCCUGGUGCCACCCACAGACCUGCCUCCCCCUCCCCACAGAUGGGCCAGCGGAGUGCUGGGCCACACAGCCCCCUUGGCCAGGGGAGGACAGCCCCCUGGGAUCUGAGGAUUCUGAGUGUGCCGCCCCUGGCCCGGCUGACCAGCUCCCUAACUGCCCUGUGGCUCCAGGCCAGCUGUCAGCCCACCUGCACUCAGCAGCUGACGUGCAGCCUUCAGGAAGACCCGCAGAGAGCCCGUCUACCUCUGCCCUGCUCUCAGCCAGCGGGGGAGCCAGCUGCUCCCAAUGGUUCUGGGCCUCCCAGCCUCCCUGUCUCAGCCCUAGCCCAGUGCCAGCAGAGAACUGAUACCAUGAGUCUCCUGGGGCAUGCAGUAGCUCUCUACUUGAGGGCCAGAUACACAGAAGUUAUACUCUGCUGAGUGCUGCACAGCCAGCAGGGGCCAGACCAAGCACAAGGAGGACAGCACCUCAGGGCCUCCCCACCAGAGCCAGAAGAGCCGCUGGCCUGGCCUUUGAAGUCCAAGAGAACAGCAGUUGUCAUGGCCAAGCUCUGUAGGCUUGACAGAGCCAGUCCUCCCACUCACUGAGUCUUAGGUUAGGACCAAGAGAGUCUGGGCUGGGGGCUGCCCUCUACCCCUUCCUCCAGCCAGCUCCCUGACCAGGCAGCAAUCUGAUGGGCUUGCUCAUCCCUGCCAGCUGCCCACACCAGGAGGCAGAGGCAAGGUUGGCAUAGGGAGGGACCACAAAGGAUCUAGAACGGCAGGAGCCCUGGCCUGGCUUCCUGUCCCUCUGAAGGCACUUGCCUCUUGCAGAGCCGAGUUUUGGUGUUCCCCACCCCCACCCCAGCCUCCUUUCCCAGGAGCAUGUGGCUCUCCUGCUUUCUGAAAUGCCUGUUUGUCCCCUCCCCCAGCCCCCCACGCUCAUGCACACAGAUCCUCAGGAACAUACGAAGCAGAGGAGGGGCUGGGCUGCAGCACCUCCAGAGCUCCCUCGCCCCCUUGCAUUUAGUGGGAGCCUGGCGCUGAAAUGACCUUUCUCCUGAGCCCAGGAUAUGGCCAGAGCCCCCUCUGGGGACCCCUCUGCUCUUCCCUGGCUGCCCUCUGCCAUUUCUGCUGUUCCAGGGUCGGGAUUCACCUGCCAACUUCUGCAUCACCCUCUUCUCUCCCUCCUUCCCCAAGGACCUCCCCCCAUUUCUUUCAGCCAAGCCAUUAAUCUGGAGACGAGAUGGGUUUGCUAUUGAUUCUUUGGCCACUUUUUUUUUUUUUUUUUUUACAUUUUGUGCUGUGGUUCUUCUCACCCUUCUCUGCGUCUGUGUGUUUGUUUCUUUAAAUGUUGAAGCUACAAGAAGCCUGGUGCUAUUCUGUGUCUCAUUUUGGAGGAAGAAAGGGGGGCCUCGCUGUGGGUGAGGACCUGAGUUGUUAGUUUGGAAAUAGAGCAACUGUGUGUACAACCCUCAUAGAGGUCAUGUUUGGCCUUUUUAUGCCAUUCCUGUUAAAUUUCACAAUUAAUCUUGGUUCAGGAACUGUAAAUAAAUUUGUUAAUAACAAAUAGCAAA